AAAGAGACCAGGAGAGAAACAUCAUUAACAAACAGUUAACCAGAUUUGGAUCAAUCCCACCAACACUUAUCACAAGGUUAUCGGGAAAUCCCAUGAAAUCCAACUGUUUUCCCUCCCUCGUCCCCGCAUAACCACCAUGCCCCCGCCAUCGCCGCCGCGCAUUCCUCCUCUUCUCUCCCUCCUAAUCCUCGCCGCCGCCGUCGUCGGCGCGGCGGCCGUUCCCCAAGAUUCCGAUCUGGAACCCGACUGCGCCGGCCGAUGGAUCCACAUCCGCCAUCUCCCGCCGCGCUUCAACCUCGACCUCAUCUCCAAUUGCUCUCAAUACCCAAUUUUCGACGAUUUCUGCCCUUACCUCCCUAACCACGGCCUCGGCCAGAAAACCCAUAGCUCCUCUCAUAGCUGGUACCGCACAGACCCAUAUAUGCUCGAGCUCGUCUUCCACCGCCGUAUGCUCGAGUACCCCUGCCUCACCGCCGACCCCUCACGCGCCGCCGCGGUCUACCUCCCGUACUACGCCGGCCUGGAUAGCCUCCGGUAUCUAUUCGGCCGCGAAGCCAAUUCCAGUUUCCGGCACGGGCUCGAUUUGUACGAUUAUAUAUCCCGCGUGGACUCGCCCGGCGUGUGGGCCCGGAAUCUGGGUCACGAUCAUUUUCUGGUAAUGGCCCGCCCGGCCUGGGAUUUCACGCAGCCGUUAACUAAUGACCCGCCGGUGUUCGGGACCUCGUUUCUUGAAAUCCCGGCGUUCUACAAUUUAACGGCGUUAACGCUGGAAGCCCGGGCGUACCCGUGGCAAGAAACGGCGAUUCCGUACCCCACUUCGUUCCACCCUCCCAAUUUGGCGUUCUAUGAGUCCUGGGUGAACCGGGUGAAACGGUCCCGGAGAACCGCCCUGAUGCUCUUCGCCGGCGGCGGGGGAAUCUCGGCAAACCCCAAUAUCCGCCGGAGCAUCCGUUUAGAGUGCGAUAAUUCCACUAAUUUCAACAUAAACGGUACUGGGUACCAUAAAGUUUGCGACUUUGUGGAUUGUUCUAAUGGGAUUUGCGAGCAUGAUCCAAUCAAGUUCAUGAAGCCAAUGCUGCAGGCCACAUUCUGCCUGCAGCCUCCCGGGGACACCCCGACGAGGCGGGCCACGUUUGACGGGAUCCUGGCCGGUUGUAUCCCCGUGUUCUUCGAUGAUCUGACGGCCAAGAAGCAGUACAAGUGGCAUUUGCCGGUGGAGAAGUAUGAUGAGUUCUCAGUGUUUAUACCCAAAGAGGAAGUUGUGUUCAAUGGAUUGAGCAUUGUGGAUGUGUUGAUGAGUAUUCCCAGGGCUAAAGUUAGGAGGAUGAGAGAAAAGGUUAUAGAGAUGAUGCCCAGAGUGAUGUAUAGAAAGCAUGGGAGUUCAUUGGGGUUGAGGAACAAGAAGGAUGCCAUUGAUAUUGCAGUGGAAGGCACCCUGGAAAGAAUCAGGUCUAAGCUUCAAGAAUUCCCGGCUCAAUGAUUGUUUCUCGUUUCGUUUUAGUUUUAGUUUUAGAUUGAACUCGUCACGAGGCCCUUUAUUUCGCCUCGAGCUCGUCCAUCGCCUGUAGUCUAAGCCAUUCUUUCUUACUAUGUAUUCUCCUCAUUCCUCAUCUGCUGAUGCAGGAUGAAGCUUCUGUAUUUCAUGUUCCACUGGUAAUAAUAUAUUUCAAAGGAUGCAUAUCAUCUUUGCCCAGAUUC